GGAGUAGCUCCAGUCUCCGCUUUUUGCUGCAAGGCACCCAGACACCAUGGGGAAGCUAGUGGCGCUGACCUUGCUGGGGGUCAGCUUGGCCUUAAUAGGGGAAAGGCUUCUGAAUUUUAGAGAUAAAGUUAGCACAUCUCGAGAAAUAAAGUCCACAGAACCGCAGACCUGCCACCUGAUUGAGGGACUCGAGAAUGGCUCUGAAGAUAUUGAUAUACUUCCUAGCGGGCUGGCUUUUAUCUCCACUGGAUUAAAAUAUCCAGGCAUGCCAAGCUUUGCACCGGACAAACCAGGAAGAAUCUUCCUGAUGGAUCUGAAUGAGCAAAACCCAAAGGCACAAGCACUGGAAAUCAGUGGUGUGUUUGACCAGGAGUCACUGAAUCCCCAUGGGAUCAGCACUUUCGUCGACAAAGACCACACUGUGUAUCUUUAUGUUGUGAAUCACCCCCACAUGGACUCCACUGUGGAGAUAUUUAAGUUUGAAGACCAACAGCGCUCUCUCAUCCACCUGAAAACUAUCAAACACGAACUUUUCAAGAGUGUAAAUGACAUUGUCGUUCUUGGGCCAGAGCAGUUCUAUGCUACAAGAGAUCGCUACUUUACCAGUUAUUUCUUGGUUCUUCUGGAAAUGAUCUUGGACCCUCACUGGACUUCUGUUCUUUUCUACAGCCCAAAAGAGGUCAAAGUAGUGGCCCAAGGAUUUAGUUCUGCCAAUGGAAUCACAGUCUCACUAGACCAAAAGUAUGUCUAUGUAGCUGAUGUAACAGCUAAGAACAUUCACAUAAUGAAAAAACAUGGUAAUUGGGAUUUAACUCCAGUGAAGGUAAUUCAGCUGGGCACCUUAGUGGAUAACUUGAAUGUUGAUCCAGCCACGGGAGAUAUUUUGGCAGGAUGCCAUCCUAACCCCAUGAAGCUCUUGAUCUAUAACCCGGAGGAUCCCCCAGGAUCAGAAGUACUACGCAUCCAGGAUUCUUUGUCAGAUAACCCCAGGGUGAGCACACUGUAUUUGAACAACGGCUCUGUGCUUCAGGGCAGCACCGUGGCUGCUGUGUAUCAUAAGAAAAUGCUCAUAGGCAGUAUAUUUCACAAAGCUCUGUACUGUGAACUCUAGGUAUUCCUAAAACAUCUUUAUAUUUGAGAGAAGUAAAAUAGUAAUUUGUAUGCUAAGUAGAACUGUAAUUAUUUACAAUUACCAGUGACUGUGUGUAUUGCUUUUCUUGUGGCGAAAACUAAAGGAGUAUAGAAACUUAUCAUAUCCAUGAAAUCAAGAAUCAAGUUAAUGGCAAGGCAACCAGAAACCCAUGUGUUCUGCUUGGUUGAAUAUGCCCAAUGUUCUGUAUACGCUGUGAUGUAUAGGCUAUGACAACUUAGGUUUCCCAGUCACUUAAAUUUGUGCCCCUCCUUAACUGUUAACAAGUCACCAAAAUCACUUCCUACAUCUGUGAUAGUCUGAGGCUUCUGCAGUAAAUACUAGUAAAGAAGCUAACGGCUAACUAUUUACAAUUCUUAUACUCUGUUCUGUCUUGUGUAUGACACCAUCUUCCAGUCAUGUAUCCUGACCCAUAACUCUCAUCUUUAAACUCCAAAGCCUGACUUGAACAUGGAUUUGCCCCAAAAUAUUGCCAUACAGGGAAGAAGAUUCUGGAAAUUUGACAUACACAUCAGCUAGCUUGGUGCAUGCUAUGCUGUUGUAUUUCUUUGAAUAGGAUUUUAUUUGUACUGAUAUUUCCAUUAAAGGUGUCACUAAUCAUGGCUCUGAAUGUAGGAUAGGGUCCUGGGACAGUUACCUUCAGUCAUGUAAAGCUUUCUCUACUAAUCAACUCAAUAAAUGUAGUAAGCAGCCUCUAGCUGACUGGCACCAAUAAAUCCAAAGUGAAAAAAAAAUAUUUUGCCCAAAUGGCACGUACUAAUGGACAAAUCUAAACGUAUUUUGAUGACAAUAAACAAAGACAUUCCUUUCUUGGUUAAAACAACAAGCAAACAAAUAAUAAACAGUGAUUUGUGGCUGAUUACCACCAUCAUUUCUGUAGGGAACCUCAAGACACCUCAAGACCAAGUUCUUAGUACAAAGAGAUUUGCCCCAGAGGGAUGGAGAAGGGACAAAUUCAGGAGAUAGAAGAGGGAGAAGGAACAAGGAACAAUAGAGAGGGGGAAGAGACAAGGGAGAAGGGGAAAGAAUAUGUGUCCCAGACUUGGGGGACAGGACAAAGGACUAUCUCUGAAUAAAGAGGACAUAGAUGUGGUUUUUGAUGGAUUCAGUUUUUAUUUUUAUUUUUGUGUCUGUAUAUGCUAACUGUGUAUGGCGGUACCUUCAGAGUCCAGAGGAAGGUAUCAGAUCCCGUGCAGCUGGAGUUACAAGUAGUUCUGUGCAGCUCAGCACAGGAGCUGGGAAUUGAACUUAGCUCCCCUACAAAAGCCGUGCACAUUCUUAACCACAGAGUCAUUUCAGCAGCUUCCAGGAAAGACUUGAGAAAUGGUCACUGCGUUUGUAAUGAAAUCUUUGAAUAAAGGAUGACUUACAGGAUGAUGACACAAAUAAAUUGUCAUAAUGGAACACAGAUUUUAAUUAUAUUCAUUAGGCAUUAGUGCAAAUAUUUGUAAGUAGGAUAUUAAUAUCAGCAAACUGUAUCAAGUAGAGUUACAAUAAUACAAACUUGUACCAAUCAAUUAAGGGUACACAUUUUUUCUAACUCGCAAAGAACAUAUACCAGUAUUGAUUUCAUACUGGGCAGGCAAUAAAGAGAAUAAUGUAUGCUGA